AUGACAACUCCGAAACCACCUCCAUUGCCGAACUCCAAUGUGCUCAUCUCUACUAUUAUCAACCUCUUGAAGUCCACCGCAAAACGCCAUUCCAAUUCGCCACUAUAUGACACUCUUGCCCCAUUUGUCCCCUCCUUAACCCCACCCAUUAUCCACUCCAUUCUUUCCUCCCCUUCUCUCCACCAUUUUCCUUCAACUCUUCUAUCUUUCCUCACAUUGGUUCAUUCUCAUACCCCACAUUCAGCCCCUCUACCUCUUCCCCCUCUUCUUUCGGUACUCUCAUCCCUUUUAGCUCAUCAGAAAUUCGCGGAUGCCAGAACAAUUCUUCAGUCCCAUAUCGUCUCUGAUCAUCCCCACCACCAUUUACAUCGUCACCUCCUCCACCCUGGGCCGUCCCUUCCGCCCCCAUCGAAGGCCCUCUUGGAUACUUCUAUUUCGGCCUACUGUCACUCGGGGUGGCCCCACCUUGCUGCCCAGGUUUUCAAGAAAAUGAAGCGGCAUGGCUGCCGCCCCACCCUAUUGACUAUCAACACUUUGUUGAACUCUCUGGUAAAGAAUUCCUCCUCUUCACGGUCUACUGAUUUUUGCAAAGAAUUGUUUAAUGAUGCUUUAAAACUUGGUGUGGCCCCAAAUGUCAAUACUUGUAAUAUUUUGAUUAGUGGCUUUUGUUUAGAAUAUAAACUUAAGGAGGCAAUUGAAUUUUUGAAGAAUAUGGAGAGUAAAUUUGGGUGUAAGCCGGAUAAUGUGAGUUAUAAUACGAUAUUGAUCACGUUAUGCAAGAAGGGCAGAUUGCAUGAUGUGCGUGAUUUGUUGUUCGAUAUGAAGGAGAAGAGGCUUUCGCCUAAUAGCAGUACGUACAAUAUUUUGGUUCAUGGGUAUUGUAAGAUGGGGUGGUUGAAGGAUGCUGCUAAGGUUAUUGAGUUGAUGAGUCAGCAUAACAUUUUCACGGAUACUUGGACAUACAAUAUGUUGAUUGAUGGAUUUUGUAAACAGGGGAAGAUUGAUGAGGCAUGUAGGUUGAGAGAUGAGAUGGAGGGGUUGAAAUUGUUGCCCGAUGUGAUCACUUACAACACGUUGAUAAACGGGUAUUUUGAGAUGAAAAAUAGUUUUGCAGCUUUCAAGUUGAUCGAGGAAAUGACAGAGAAAGGAGUGAAGCCCAAUGAGGUUACUCAUAAUAUCUUGAUUAAGUGGUAUUGUAAGGAAGGGAGGAUGGAUGAAGCUAGCGAGACAGUUAGGAGGAUGGAGAAAAGCGGGUUUUCACCUGAUCGUUUUACCUUCAAUACUUUGAUUAGCGGGUUUUGUAAGGCAGGAAAUUUCUCUGAGGCAUUUAUGAUGAUGAAUUUAAUGGGUGGGAAAGGUUUGAAAAUGGACACGGUGACACUGAACACUGCUCUGCAUAAUCUGUGCCAAGAAAGAAAGGCUAAUGAGGCAUACAAUUUACUCAACAUUGCUCAUAAGAGAGGUUAUAUCUUGGAUGAUGUGAGCUAUGGCACUCUGAUUGUUGGGUAUUGUAAGGAAGAAAAUUUGGAUAGAGCUAUGAGGCUUUGGGAUGAAAUGAAGGAGAAAGAGAUUAUUCCGGGUAUUUCUGCAUAUAAUUCUCUAAUUCUAGGCUUCUGCAAGUCGGGUAAAACUGACCAAGCGAUAACUAAGUUGAAUGAAUUAUUGGAGAGUGGGUUGGCUUCAAAUGAGACUACAUACAACACAAUUAUUCAUGGGUUCUGCUGGGAAGGGAAUCUGGAGAAAGCAUUUCAAUUUCACAACAAGAUGGUUGAAAAAUCAUUUAAUCCUAAUAUCUAUACAUGCAACAUUCUUCUUCGUGGGCUGUGCAAGGAAGGGAUGCUUGAAAAAGCAAUAAAGCUCUUCAACACAUGGAAUUCGAAAGGGAAACAGAUUGAUGCAGUAACCUACAACACCUUAAUAACGGCCCUAUGCAAAGAUGGGAGACUCGAGGAUGCUUUGGGCCUUGUUGCUGAGAUGAAAGAAAAAGAACUAUCUCGAGAUAGUUAUACAUAUAACGCUCUUGUUGGUGCUCUUAAGGAUUCUGGAAGAGCUAAAGAAGCAGAGGAGAUAAUGUUAAAAAUGAUAGAAGGUGAUAAAUCAUCUCAACAGCCAAGGCACAUGGAUGAACGACAAGAUGUGUUUGCUGGUGAACCUUCAGAUGAAUCAGAUUCAAGUUCUAUAGCUUACUCAGAACAGAUUAACGAGCUUUGCACUGAAGGGAGAUACAAAGAUGCCAUGCAUAUUUUUGGAGAACUGAAGCAGAAGGGCAUCACUGUAAAUAAAUCCGCCUAUAUUACUCUAAUGAAUGGACUGAUAAAGAGGAAAAAGAGUACAUUGAAGGCAUUUUGA